ACAAAUGGAUGAGGCAAAAGAAGAAACGUCUUCAAAUCAUGAGGAAGAAUAUCAACCUCAAAAUACUUCUACUAUUUCACUAAAUGAUGAAAAUUUCGACAAAUUUAAUGAAAAUAAACGUCACCGUCCAAAAAUUGACGAAGCAGAAAUUGAUAGAAAAAUGAUGGAAUUUAUUGCUUUGAAAGAACAAAAACAAAGACAGAGUGUUGUUGGUUUGAAUGAAACUUAUGAAGUUUUGCCUCAAUUUAAUGAAGUCCCAGACGACGACCAGGAAUACUUUAAGCACUUAUUUCUCAAAAAGUUGAAGAUUUGCACUGAAAUUUUUGAUUUUUCUAUUGAUCCGCUUUCUAAUUUAAGGCAAAAGGAGAUAAAAAGGUCAACAUUGAAUGAAUGCAUUGAUUUUAUUACUUUAAAAAAGGCUGUAAUUCAUGAAGAUUUUUAUGUGCCUUUAUUUGACAUGUUUUCUACAAAUGUUUUUCGUGUUCUUUCCCCACCAACACAUCCAACAGGGACAGAGUAUGAUCCUGAUGAGGAUGAUCCAACACUAGAACCUUCUUGGCCACAUUUACAAUUAGUUUAUGAUCUUUUUCUUCGAUUUAUUGAAUCUCCAGAAUUUAAUAUUCAAUAUGCAAAGGAUCUUUUAAAUCAAAAAUUUAUUAUUAAUUUGUUAGAUUUAUUUGACAGCGAAGAUCCUCGUGAACGGGAUUUUCUAAAAACAAUAACUCAUCGAAUUUAUGGAAGACUUGUCGCUUUUCGACCUUUUAUUAGAAAACAAAUAAAUAAUAUUUUUUACACUUUUAUUUAUGAGACAGAAAGGCAUAAUGGAAUUGCUGAACUUUUGGAAGUUUUGGGAAGUAUAAUUAAUGGUUUUGCAAUUCCACUUAAAGAUGAACACAAAACAUUUUUAAUGCGUGUAUUAUUACCUCUACAUAAGGCAAAAUAUUUAAAUGCUUAUCACCCUCAAUUAGCUUAUUGUAUUGUACAAUUUAUUGACAAAGAUCCAAGUUUAACAGUUGCUGUAGUUAUGGCUUUGUUAAAAUAUUGGCCUAAAGUGCAUAGUCCUAAAGAGGUAAUGUUUUUGAAUGAAUUGGAAGAAAUUUUGGAUGUUAUUGAACCAACAGAGUUCAAGAAAGUAAUGAUUCCAUUAUUUUAUCAAUUGGCAAGAUGUGUUUCAAGUCCACACUUUCAGGUAGCCGAGAGAGCAUUGUAUUUCUGGAAUAAUGAAUGUAUUUUAGCUUUAAUAAGUGAAAAUGUUCAACAACUUUUGCCUAUAAUGUUCCCUGCCUUAUACAGAAAUUCGAGGAAUCAUUGGAACAAAACAAUUCACGGCCUAAUCUACAACACAUUAAAAUUAUUUAUGGAAGAAGACCAAAAACUUUUUGAUUGUUGUGUCCAAAAUUUUUCAAAAUUAAAAGAUUCUGAAGAUUCUGAAGUGGAGGAAAAACAACGAAAAUGGCAACAAUUGGAAGAAAUUGCUAAUAUUAAUGCCAAACAAAUUUUGAAAGAAGAGGGAUAAAU